AAAUCUAAAUCAGUUACACAAGCUAAAAUUUUAUAAAUUUUAUUUGAGCUACUUUUCGGAGCUCGCCUCGGAACACCCGAAAUCUCAGAGCUGGCCCUUGAUACAUCGCUAACUAUUAAAAUAUUAUCAAUAUUCGAAAUGCUUCUUCGCUAACGAUAAGCGGUUUCGUUAAACUGGUCUUUAAACGAAGAGAAGAAUAUAAACGAUAUACUCGUUCCUCAGAAUUUUCUGAAAGUCUUUCAAUGUCCAGUUUCUAACAGGUGCACGCAGAACGUCGUCUCUCGGAUUUUGUACAACAGUGUCCCCAAUCGUUAGAGGUUUCUCCUUCGGUGUUUCACCGACUAAAAUGAAAAACACGUUUAUUAGUUAUCCUGUAACGAUUCUAUCCUGUCUUCGAUCGUGACGAUUUUAUUCCUGUUCUUAUAUGCUUCAACUUCACUCUCGCUUCAAGUACUCGCUUACCCGAAGAAUCCUUCUCAGCUUCUUCGCUUUUCUUCUUCCCGAGGAUUCGAAAGAGAAAGAGAGAAACUUCGACCCGAAUUUCGAGGCUAAAAAAGCUUUUGUUAUCAAAUAGAAAACGAGAAUAACAGUUACCGCGUCUUUAACAGAGCGAAUCUUUGCUCACAGUCACGGUGUGAUUUCAAUAGUUGUAAGUACCGUGCGAUUAAAUCUCUCUGUUACACGUGUUUAAUUGAAUUACACGCGUUUACAUUUGGAUAAUGAUCGACGUAUAACAAUAGGCUCCUUAAUUUCCUCCGAUCUAGGUGGUCGACUAAUUGAUGCUCGAUAAUUCCCCCUACGUAACUAACGCGAGUUUCUCCAAAGGUUGACAUUUACCAAUUUUUCUAGCGGUAUAUCGUGUGUUCAGCUAUUCGCCUAAAGAUAAACGUGUAAGAAUUUGCCAUGGUACAAGGCAACGAUUAUUAUCGAGCAGCAGAACGGUUCGACCUCUAACACCUGUUGGAGACGCGCGUCUUCGUCUCGGAUAAUAAAAGGGCUUGGUAACAUACGGUGUUCUCACGCGAGAGAAAAGCAUGCUUCCACCUUUACGAUCUUCCUUCUUGAAAGUUAACGGUCCUUUGCUACUAUCCGCAAUUUUCCGAUGACAACAGUUGGUUCUUGCCCAAGGUGAAACACCUCCUGAUGCAUAUGUCAAACGACCACGAAGGAACAUUGAUAAUGAAACGUAAAUCGUACAUACAAAUCUCUGCGUUUAGAUUAGACUUACCGUAGCGACAUUACAAACAUAAGGCACCGGAUGAUUCGAUACUUUUUAUGGUCACCAUUUGCAAAUAAAAUGAGAAAAUCUUUUUGGGAAUGGUUGAAUCUGCGUCAAUGAUUUCAAGUAAAAAGCCACGAAGGAUGUGAAACCUUUUUCGUCAUCCUGGUCACGAACGAGAGCCAGAUCCAUACGAUCGACCUCCAGCCACCUCCACGUCGACGAACAAUUGUUUCUGGUUAAACCAAAGCCAAGAAACGACAUUUGCCUUUUGUGGUCGAUCGGGUGUGCACCCGUUCGGUGGAGGAACUCUUGGGAAGAAGAAACAAUGUAAAUAAGUGUCUCUUAAUUAACAGUACCUUAAUCUCGUGAUUGAAGUUGGAGCUUAUCGACACGUUUGGUAUCUAAAUCUUCCAAUUACCGAUCCGCCGUCUUCGAAUAUGUUCGUCACGCAUUGAUCGUGACAUCCGGCGGACCCAAUCACCUAGAUCGUAAUCGUCGCAUCUGACAAUGGUGGCCGAAUUGACGGACAUUCCGGUUGCGAGCGUAGAACGAAAAACACCUACGGUUGAUCCAGGGAAGCUUCGAUCCUCUGCCAGGCGAAGGAACCGACCUAGGUGGAUCCAGACGGCGACACGCGAGCCGAUUUACAGCGUGCUGGACAGCAACGAACGGGUGGUACCUAGGAACGAUCUACCCGUAGGUGUAAAAAGGAAGGUGGUGGUGAUCAGCGCGGUGAAGAGCGAUAAAAGAGGAAAUAAAGAGACGCCUGAAGAGGUAGAAGAUGAAGAUCCUCUUUACAGCGUGGUAAGGAAGCCUAAGAAGGUUCGGUUACCAUCGGAAACCGGCGGCUUCUUCGAGAGAAGAAGCCUUCAGCCCAUCAAGGAAGGCUCCUCCGAAGAGAAGACUUGUUCGCGACAAGAGGAAUUGAGAAAGUGGUUGCAAAUCGCUUCGAAACAGCUCCCGGAACCACGACGAUUAUUUACUCUCGGUGAAAUGUACACGAAUCAUCCUGGAGAGUACGAUCAAUUACAAGGGGAAUGGAAACCACCAUCCGUUUCCAUGCCUCGAGGAAUCGUUGGUCUAGUCGGACCUUACCGAGUUUAUCAGAAUCCGAACGAAAGAAGAGAGUACAUGCUUCAGGAAGAGGAACUGGUCGAAGAAGUGGUCGAUUCGGUGAGCGAAAUAGCUGCACGGGAGAACGAUACCAAGGAACAUCGUCAGAGAGCGAAAUGGAGGAUCAGAGAGGAAGACGAGGAGACCUUGGUACCAGAUAUCCGUGACAUUCCUGGCCUCGAAGAGUUCACUGGGGAGAUAGACAAUAAGGAGACGUCCGAAUGGAAACAGGUGGACGAUCAGAGUACUAUCGAGUAUAAUAAAACAGAGGAGAUAUCUAAAUCUAAGGAGGACGAAUCUAAGGGUGGUUUCAGUGAAAUUCUCACUGGUAAAGAAGAGAGAGCGAUAGACGUGCCUGAUGAUACUUCAACAAUUUCUACAUCUUUGGUGAAGGAGAAGAAGGCCAGCAAUGAACAGAACGACAAGGACAGCCUGAACGAGACGGGAAGCACAACGGGUGGCACAGUGGAGGGUGCACCUGGGGGUGCCCCUAACAGGGGUGAAAGAAACCCUGAAACCGAGGGUACUACCGUCGAGACAACGAGAACCUCGGUUCCUUCUAGGUCUCUGGUCUCUAGGAUCUUAUCUAAGACACGCUCUACGAACGAUCUACUGGACCACUCUGAGCCCUUUUCGCAGCUAUGGAUCGUUCUAUCGAAUGUCUACGGUCAGCUUAUCAUCGUGAUGAUGAUCGCUCUGUGUUUGGCAGAGGUGAUGGAUACACCUGUUCCUCUUCUAAGUUUGCAAGGAGUGUUCCUGAUGUACCUAUACGUUGGAAGCAUAGCGGUGAUCAUCAGUAUCUAUAUUUGGGUGUUGGUGGACAGCUGUGGAAGUCUUGGUACCGGUGCGGCCGGUGUCGACGACGCGGAACUCGGUGGAGCGUCCUUAACCAGGUUCGGAUCAUUGAAACGUGCUCACAUCUCGCGAUCUAGAACAGCACCGACGAGUUUUUACAUACGCGUCGGAGCGCUCCUCUUCGGUUUAGCGACCCUCGUAUUCAACGGAUUGGAAAUGGCGAUGCAUUCGAUGAUGCAAGGCGCUGAAUGCUUGAGCGACGUGGUUUUCGUGCAUCCGGUGCUUCACGGUCUCUUCACCUUCCUGCAGAUGCAUUUCCUCUUCGUCAAUUCGCAGGUACUCGUAGAACGAUUUGGAUUAGCAGCAAGGUUCGGAUUCAUCCAUCUGGCAGCAACGAAUAUCGCAGUAUGGGUUCGUUUAGUCAUUUGGGAUUCUGCUCAAGAGUGGACGUACUUUGUUCACCUGGCGCAGCGAGGUUUGCACAACUCCGUUUCUCCCUUGAAUCUCCGUGGCUUUCCAGAAUCACUGAUAAGACAUACUCGAGAUCUGAUAGAUCAUUCUUCGAGCGAAAAGGGCGUCUACCAACCGUAUCAACCAAUUUCGAACGAACAGAUCGAUCAAGUGAUCGCCUUACAGGAAUGCCUGAACACAAAUACCCUGGGUCAAUUAUGGACGUCUAGUAUGCCGUUUCUCUAUCCGUUUAUAGUGCAAUUCAGUUUGAUCGCCGCUGCUGUGACUUUCGUGAUGGGUCAAAAUGUCGGGAGGAGUCGGCUGGUGCACAAACAGAAGUUCCAUGGCAGCAAGGAUCUGGCUAGUCACACCAAAGUGGGCUGCGACGGUUCCAGCAAAGGUUUAUUCCUCGGCAUACUCUGCAUGGUUGCUGGCAUAGUGGUCAUACUGAUCUUCCUCGUCGUCAGAGAAGACGAACACUUCCCUUCGGCCACGUUAUCCUGGCUGACCUGCGGUACUCUGACCAGCAUUUUAACCCUGAGCACCUUGAUGACCGCCAGUGGUCUCGUUCAAGUUCGUCAGAUGUCCGUGGUGAGCAGAGCACCGGCGGCAUUGGACAGCCUGCUGUCGAACGUGGCUCUUUUCGGAGUUCAAUUAUAUUCCAUUUUCACGAUCGUCGUUUCCGCCUGUUCCUUGGUCCUUCUCGAGGACGUAAGCAACGAGACUCGAGGAAGAUACAUCAUGUUGCUCGCUGCAUCCAUCUUGCAACUGGUCCAGUCUUUCGCUCAAAGUACCUUAAUAGCAGAAGCCUCGAAGAGAUCCUGCAUAACCCGUUUCCAGAUAAUAGCAAAACCUGCCAGGCAAGUGAUCACUUUCCUGUUGUUCAGCAAUUCCGUACUCUGGGCGUUCGACACUGUGAUCACCCAGAAUUGGAUCUCCCAAGAGCUGCAGUUGAGAUUCUUCGGAGUCCUCGCCUGGGGUGUUAUAUCCAGGAUCGGUCUUCCUUUAUUGAUCUUCUAUCGAUUCCAUAGUUGCGUGUUGCUGCUAGAAGCAUGGAAUAAAUGUUAUAGAAUGCCGAGAGGAGAACAUCCGCUCAACUGACGACACAGAACGCUGCGCCCAUGUUCCUCUAGAUUGCAGCCAAGAUCGCACCGCUCCUAUUGUCGUAGGAAGGUAACCAUAAAUCUGCGCAAGGGCAACGAAUGGUCAUCCA